AUGUCAGACCAACUGGUUAUUGGUGGCACUGUAUUCCCCCACAAGGAAAUCCAUAAAUUCACAUGGACCUCUCCGAAUGGACAUACUCGCAACCAAAUCGACCACAUCUGCAUAAGUAGGAAAUGGAGACGCUCGAUGAUGGAUGUUAGGAAUAGGAGAAGCGCGACUAUCGACAGUGACCACGAGCUGAUAAUCGGAGAGCUUUUAAUCAAGCUCAGCCACACUGUCAACAGGACCACAAUAAGACCGCCUUCCAUUAACGUACAACGGCUGAGUGACUCCAACCUAUCCACCAGAAUGGCCACAACGUUGCGUGAACAGAUGACAACACAACCGUUGAAUCACUCAUGGGAACAAACAUGCAGUAUACUGAGGAGCACCGCGGAGGAGAUGCUUGGCACCCGACAACGCAGGCGCACGGAUUGGAUAUCAGCGCACACUUGGGAACUUAUCAGCAAACGGAACAGCCAAAAGUCGAAAGCAGAUCAUGACUGCAGAGCUCGCGACGAACACAAAGAGCUGUGCAAGAUGGUGAAGAAGUCAGCAAGAAACAACAAAAGAAAAUUUCUGGACAGGCUCGCUGAAAAUGCAGAAAGCGCAGCCAACUCGAACAAUAUCCGCUCACUGUACCAGAUAAUUAGUCAACUGACCGGAAGCUGCCAUAGGCGAACCCAACCAGUGCGGGACCCAGAUGGAAGACUCCUUACUGAUGAUGAGGCACAACUCCAGAGGUGGCCUUCUGGAGUGACAGAAGUGCUGUCACUUUAUGGAGAUCAGCUGCACAGAACAACCGAGCAGCACGCAAGAUAA